UGACACAUACAACUUCCAAAAUGAAAUUUUUGAUUGCCGUAGUUUGUUUAGCAACUUUUGCUAAUGCUGGUGUUCUCUUGGGACACCAUGGUCAUGAUGACGGCCAAUGGCAUGGAGAAGGACUUUGGGAAAGCCAAUAUCACGGUGAUCAUGAAGAUCAUGGUAUAAUAGCUGCUCCUCUUCUUGCCCACGGUCAUGGACAUAACACAAUUGUGGGACCAUCUAGCCAUGGUGUGCUUGCUGGACCUGUGAGCCACGGUGCUACACUCGUUGGACCAUCUCACCACGCCUCCCUAGUCGGACCAGUUGACCAUGGUGCAACCCUUGUUGGACCAUCCCAUCACGCUUCUGUAGUUGGACCAAUUGAGCAUGGAGCAACUCUGGUUGGACCCUCUCAUCAUGCAUCUGUAGUAGGACCAAUUGAUCAUGGAGCAACCCUUGUUGGACCAACACACCACGCUUCAGUCGUUGGACCCGCUCUCCAUGGAGCAACCCUGGUUGGACCAUCCCACCACGCUUCCGUUGUUGGACCUGCUCAUCAUGGAGCAACACUUGUUGGACCAUCCCACCAUGCUUCUGUUGUAGGACCAAUUGAUCAUGGAGCAACCCUUGUUGGCCCAACUCACCACGCUUCAGUAGUAGGACCCGCUCAUCAUGGAGCAACCCUUGUUGGACCAUCCCAUCACGCAUCUCUUGUUGGAUCUGCGCACCAUGGAGCCACACUUAUUGCACCGUCUCAUCACGGAUUGAUCCACCACAGUGCUCACUUGGUAGCACCUUUGUCUCACAGUUGGACUCAUGAAGCCAAUGCCCACAGCACAUUGCUUCUUGCUCCAACUGUUUCCCACUCUUCCUACAUCACUUCACAUGCCGAUGACGAUUGCGAUCAUUAGGGGUUAAAAGAAUAUACUUGCUUGUUCGAAAAACUGCU